GUGUGGGCUUUGGGGCUCAGCGCUUUCCUGUAGGGGCUGCGGGUGGGUGCUGUUGGCAGUGGUUCUGCUGGCGUGAGUGCGAAGUGGAAGUUGCUCAGUUUCCCGCUUUCUUUGAACCUUAAGGGAGAGCUAGAGCUCUGUGAGGAGCGGAGAGGGCUGCGGCGAGGGGUGUGGAGGGGCGGCGGUCCGGCCCGCUGUGGAGGAGGUUUUCCCAGGCCUGGUAGGGCGGGCGGUUCUUCUGCCCUACGCGAGGUCCUUUUUGUGUCCUGGCUUCUUCCUGCAGUGUGGUGCCGGGGACCCGGCGUGCCCUGGCUGGGGUGCGGGCAGAGUGCCGCCUCCUUAGUCGUCUCUGAGGAAGAAUCGCUGCAGAGUUCAGGUUUUGUCAGUCAUGCUCCAUGCAAGUUGUGCUUCAAACUCUGUCCGACUGCCCCUUAAGAAAGUAACUUAAAGUGCUACAAGAAAGUAACGCGGUUUUGCUCACUUGUAAGGAGAAAGGAAAUCCCUCGGUUGUGCAGACAGGUUGAUCAACUCCAAAAUGUUAUCUCAGCGUCUGUACCAAGUUUACAAAUCUUUGGUUUUGCACAGCUUACAGCUGACUUCAAUAGAUGUGGCUGUUUUGGCCAGGAGGAUCCAUUAUUCAGCAAAAAAGCUGUCAGACUGUGAGUUAAAGGAACAAACCAUCCAGAAAUCUGAAACUGAAGAGUUGCCGCAAAGUAUGAAAAACAAUGAUCAUGGAAGAUUGCACAUACCAGUGAUGCUGGAGGAGGUUGUUAAUUGCUUAUCCCCCCAGCCAGGCCAGCUGUUGAGUGUUGUCAUACUUAGCAAAGGCCAAAGGAGAAAGGUGCAUGGGACAGCUUCAAGAAACAGUCCUGCUAUUUUACAGCAGCAUUUCCUUGACAUGACGUUUGGAGCCGGUGGUCACACUACAGCUCUUCUAGAGAAAGCAAGCAACAUCACAAUAUAUGCACUGGACAGGGACCCCACAGCUUAUAACAUAGCUAAGCAGCUUUCAGAAUUGUACCCGAAACAGAUUCGAGCUCUUCUAGGACAGUUUAGCCAGUCAGAGGCUUUGUUAAUCUCUGCUGGAUUAGAGCCAGGGACUCUAGAUGGAGUUCUCUUGGAUGCUGGCUGUUCUUCUAUGCAAUUUGAUACACCUGAAAGAGGAUUUUCCCUACAGAAGGAUGGACCUUUGGACAUGAGAAUGGAUUGGGACAGGUACCCUGACAUGCCCACUGCUGCUGAUGUUGUGAAUGCUUUAGAUCAACAGGCGCUUGCGUCCAUCCUGAGAACAUAUGGGGAGGAGAGACACGCCAAGAAAAUCGCUUCAGCUAUCGUUCAGGCACGCAGCAUAUACCCCAUCACCAGGACUCAGCAGCUUGCAAGCAUUGUUGCAGGUGCUUUUCCAGCUUCAGCACUGUAUGCACGGAAGGAUUUGCUGCAGAGACCUACACAUGUGGCUACCAAAACUUUCCAGGCUCUGCGAAUAUUUGUAAAUAAUGAACUCCAUGAACUCCUUAUAGGGCUGAAGACAGCUGAGAAGUUUCUAAAACCUGGAGGUCGCCUCGUAGCCCUCUCCUUUCAUUCACUAGAAGAUCGUAUUAUCAAACGUUUUUUUCAUGGAAUAGACAUGACAGAGAAGUACAAUCUUGGUGCAAAACAGAAGAUAAGACAGGCUCUGAAAAGUUGCUCCAAAGAAGACAAUACAGAAGAAAUAUCUCCUGGAAAAUCUAAUUCAAAGUGGACUUUAAUACAGAAAAAAGUUCUCACACCCCAGGCCAAGGAUAUUCAAACAAACCCAAGAGGAAGGUCAGCCAAGCUAAGAGCUGCUGUUAAACUCUAAAACAAAACAGAUGAUUGUAUAACUGUAUCAUUUCUUUACAUUUUGUUUUCCAGAAGGCUACCUGGAAUAGUAUCAGACUGAAAAAAAAAUAAAUUUAAAGCUGUUAGAAAACAUUUCUUUCUUACAUUUGUGUUUCUUUCAAAUUAGGAUGUAGUGCAGAGCAUCAGAAGGUAAAAUAAAUAAAUUAAAUGCAGAUAGGUGGAUGUCACUAAUUAUACAAAAAAAGACUUUUUUUUAAGAGAGUGUCAAACCAAAAGUAUAUAGAAAUUACAGGUUUGAUGUAUUUAUAGUGUUUCCUUUAGAUUAUUAAUUUAAUCCCUGACAUUAACAAUCUCAACUCAGUAGCUGAUUAAGACAGAUCCAUUUUAUGGGGUUUCACACACCUCAGUCAGAUGGCUGGUUUAGUCUAGGGUUAGUUUAAGCUAAAAGAAUUCAUGAUACCUAAGUCUGUUUCUCAACUGACUUUUUGCAUGGAUGCUUGUGGGGCAAGUGCUAGUUCUUAAAAAAAUAAACUGGUACCUGUAUGUUAUGUUCUAUCCAGGAAUUUGUAAAUUGGCUCUUAUGUUUUCUUUUAAAUAAAUAUUUACUUUUUGGAGUGACCACCUGGUUAUUUAAUGAUUAUGGGUUCUAAAUAAGAAAUGUAUAUUGGGGUAAAAGAUAAGAGCACUGUUUGCCUUUGAACACUACAAGCAAGCACUCACAUUUAUACUUGGACUGUUCCUGUGACCCUAACUUCUGUGCAUAUAUCCAAUACAACCUUUAGGUGUGUAUGAAAUUCUAAGUAACCCAUCCAGAAAAGGUGUUGUGGGUCUUAAAAUGAAGUGUCCUCAUUUGCUGGUGAUCAUUUAUGAAGAGGUCCUACUUAGGUAAGUAUUGAAGUAUUUUAUCAAAGGCCCAUUCUAGCCCCAUUUUCCUAUUUGGAUGCUAUAUUAGGUAGUGGGAUGUGUAACUAUUUUUUUAGUAAGUCAAUAUUAAUCGGUUAUUUUAAUAAAAGACCAUUGUUUUGCUGUCUUUGCAUGUUAAAAAGGCAUGUCUUUGACCUCUGAUCCAUCUCUUCAGGAAUAAAAGACUCAAUAUUGUUUAAUUCGUUGUUCAUGUAAUGUGUUCUUAGGUAUACAUGAUAAUAUCUGUUACUAAUCUGAGAUGAAAUUGGGUGGUGAUGGGCAUUUCAUUAUUUUCUGAAAUUUCAGUAUUUUUCAACUAGUUUCAUUCUACCUGCUGUUAAAUAUUAAAUAAGACAUUCCACUUCAAAUAAUAUUACUUACUGUUGACAUCUUAGAGACAAGAGACUGUACUUUAAAUAGACAUUUUUUUCAUGCAAAAUAAGUAUAAACAGCUAAUGUUAUUUUUAGCUAAAAUUCAAUACUGAAAUGUACUCCCGUUGUAAGCUGGAAAAAUUGUAUGUCCAACACGGGCUCGGAUAAAUUGUAGUGCCAUGCUGUGCAUUCUUCUGGAACACCCUUCAGGAAAAGACCAUCCAAUUACAACAGAAGCAUCUCUAUCCCAUAAAUUAUAUGAAAACAUUACAAUUCCUUAUGUUUAAAACAAUGAUUCAAAUCCAUCCACUCUCAGAUCUGAUUUCAAAAGCAGUUUCUUAUGAUUGAUGAACCUAGUGUAGAUCAGGUUUUGUAAAUAAAC